CAGGCUUCUCAGUAGGGCAGUGCGCACGUACUCAAAUCCUAUAUAUCGUGAGGGCCAAAAUGACAGCUCCUCGCACGAGCUGCCCGAUACCCCCAUGCGAGUGCAAAUUCCCAAUUGGUACCUCCUCGCGCUGCUGCACGCUGUCUUCGCCAGUUCAGGGCGAGCGGCAUCACUGGCUUCCCGCAGCAUCAAACUAUAUGUCCGGGUUGACGACGAUGACGGAGAUGACAGCGAUAGCGAUGAUGGCGACGACAGCGGGCACGCGCGUCACCACGGAGGUUCCGCUUCUUCCAGCCAUGGUCGGAGCAAAGGAGCUAUGGUUGGUAUUGUUAUAGGAUGCCUGAUUGCCCUUUUGCUAUUGUUUCUCUUCGUCGUAUGCUGCAUCCGUCGGAGACGAGCAAAGGCACGGAAGCAAGCUCAAGCUGCUGCCGUCACGGCUGCUGCCCCGGAGAUGAAGGAAAAUUUAGCAUCCACGCCCCUCCUCGUGCAGCACCCGCCUAACCUGCGUCCAAGGUCGACGAUCGCCAGCAGUCCGACAGACAUCAUACCUGGUCCUCUUUACUUCUCAGACAGUAUCGGCCGACGUGCGACGCAAGAGUAUCGGAACGUCGCUCCGCCAACGGACGACUCGGCGCCCUUGCCGAACCCGUACGACGGGGAUACACCUCCGCAGCCCCUAACACGAGACGACUUCCUGUCGUCUCCUACAUCCCCGUCGUACCCGACGUCCCCGUACGCGUCAAGUGCGUCGCGCAUCUCUCGCAGGCAGUCGACUGCACCGUCUGCGUGGACCCACGACGAGCUCCACAGCGAUGCAAGCUCAGGAUCAGGCUCUGGCGCGCUGUUGCUUGCUAGGGGAGGCACCCAGACGUCCCGCCUCACCACGUCUUCCAGUCUCCACGAGGAGAUAGCAGGAUACCAGAAGGCGUUGGAGGCGCAUUAUAGGAAGGAGUCGGAGGAUGCAGUCAUGAGGGAACACAGAAUCGGAGAAGGAUCGAGCGUACCUGCCGAUCCACCGCCAAUGUACAGCCCUUCGGUCGAAAACUAG